CCUACCUGACACGUUUGCAAUUUCAAUACUCUUAUCUCCCAAUUUCAAAAAAAUGGCUCCCAAGAAGGACGAGAAGCCCGCGACCCGUGCCGCGACCCAGGAGGCGGGCGCCGAGGCCACUGCAAAGGCUGAGGCCAAGCCCAAGGCCGAGAAGGCCGCGAAGAAGGCCAAGAAGGAGCCUGCCAAGAAGGCCGCCAAGGAGCCCAAGGGCGAUGGCGAGAAGAAGGACAAGAAGAAGAAGAGCGCCGUGGAGACCUACAAGCUGUACAUAUACAAGGUGCUCAAGCAGGUGCACCCCGACACCGGCAUCAGCAGCAAGGCCAUGUCCAUCAUGAACAGCUUCAUCAACGACAUCUUUGAGAAGGUGGCCACCGAGGCCUCCAAGCUGAGCCGCUACAACAAGAAGCCCACCGUGACCUCUCGCGAGAUCCAGACCGCCGUGCGCCUGGUGCUGCCCGGUGAGCUGGCUAAGCACGCGGUGUCAGAGGGCACCAAGGCCGUGACCAAGUUCACCUCAGGCUAAGCGCCUUCUCGGCGGACGCCUGUACCAAACAUAAAAGCAAAUCUCGGUGUUUCUCAACACCACCACACUCACUUGGUACGGGUUGGUGACAUGAUUUCACGUGGCAGUUGGUAUGGGUUGCUGGGCCCCAGGUAUGGCCGCAGUACGCAUUGGCAAGGGCAGGUGCCCAUCGGCGCCUUCCAGUUUCAGUCCAUGCCUGUCUAAGUGGCAGGCAGGUCGCGGGGCAGCUCUGGCUGGCGGGUUGGAAUCCUCGGCCGGGACAAGGUCCAUCCAGCAUGCAUGCCACGCAUAAACACAUAUAUAUAUAUAUAUA